GACGGAAGAUCCUCCGCUGCCAGCGAAUCCGCCUCUGCGACGCAGGCGAGCCUGUUCGGUUAGUCUUCCCCUCUGCUUGGUGAGCACCGCGUUCCGCGGCCUUGCGCGGAAAGCGUUGUAGGCGCGACGGAAUUGGGCCUGUCGGAUUCUCCCAGAUGUCAACCUCAGUUCCUCAAGGCCAUACCUGGGCCCGGCAGGUGAAGAAGGAAGAUGAGGAAGAGGACCCACUGGACCAGCUGAUCUCCCGCUCUGGCUGUGCUGCCUCCCACUUUGCAGUGCAGGAAUGCAUGGCCCACCACCAGGACUGGCGGCAGUGCCAGGCACAGGUGCAGGCAUUCAAAGAUUGCAUGAGUGAACAGCAGGCAAGACGGCGGGAGGAGCUGCAGAGGAGGAAAGAGCAAGCAAGUGCUCAUCCCUGAGACCCCAGGCCACGCGUCCCCAUGUACAAGGACAGGGCCAUAUAGAAACCCAGAAAUGAUGGACAUAUGAGCCAGGAGGUAUAAAACUUGUAAUCUUUGGAACUGGGAUUUUGAGAGCCAUGGGUUCAGGUAGGAUUGCCACAAAGAGCUAUUAUAUUUUUGUGGUCACAUCCCACACAUCCUCACCCAUUUUGUUCCACCAAUAUUUUGCAGUAAAACAAAGUGGGUUAGGGGAUGUGCCCAUCUCAGUACUUGGUACUAAGAUGAUUACAGGGACAUUUUAAUUUAAAAGUAAAUUCACAGUCUAAAUUGGUUACCUAGUUACAUCUUCAUUUAUUCACUCAUGGGAUCAACAACAGCAAGAAUUUCUGAAGCAUUGUGUUGGAAACUGAUGUGAUGAAUAUUGUGACCUCUAUGUUAGUUAAAAGUCUAGUUUGAGAGAUAGUAAUAAAAUAACACUGUAACAACUAGUUCCUGACAAUGGUAUGAGAGUUUUUAUCAUUUAUCACUUGCUCUGGAUGUUUCAUUUAGUUUAAUGGAAGGAAAAAAAACAGCAAGACAACCUUUUAUUCAAAUAUUGAAUACCAGAUUCUGUUUAAUUAACAGAUGCAGUGUAUGGCCUGAACCUGCUUCCACCCCAACAAACACAAAGUUGGCCUAACAUUUAGCAAUUAUAUUUAACAUUAAAAUAUAGAUUUCCAGGCCAGAUGCAGUGGCUCAUGUCUGUAAUCCUAGCACUCUGGGAGACAAAGGUGGGUAGAUUGUUUGAGCUCAGGAGUUUGAGAACAGCCUGAGCAAGGGUAAGGCCCUAUCUCUAUUAAAAAAUGAAAAACUGAGGCAAGAGGAUCGCCUGAGCCCAAGAGUUUAAGGUUGCUGUGAACUAUGACACCACGGCACUCUACCAAGGGUGACAAAGUGAUACUCUUGUCUCAAACAAAAAAAAAAAGUACAGAUUUCCAGCUUUUGAAAAAUGGAGCUUUUAUUCCUACUUGACAACAAUUUGCUGGAGCAGAACAUUUCCUCCUUUAAGAGGGUUGUGUUUUCCUAUUCAUAACAGUUGCAAUCACUUCUCAUUUUUCUUCAGUGAAACUGCCUUACCCAUUCUGUUCCUACCUAGCUCUGUAAGGCAUUUGGGAGUGGGAAGGAGGGUGGGGGAGUGAUCCUAGCCAUAGAAGCUGGAAUGAAACUUUUUUUUUUCUUUUUUUGAGAUAGUGCCUUGCUCUGUCACCCAGAGUAGAGUGCAGUGGAAUCAUCAUCGUUCACUGUAAUCUCAAACUCUUGAGUUCAAGCGAUCCUCCCACCUUAGCCUCCUGAGUAGCUGGGAUUACUGCUGCAUGCCAUGAAACUUAAGUAAUUUGAGGUUGGUGUGAGCUAGGCUGACUCCACAGCACUCUAUCCAGGGGCAACACAGUGAGACUCUUGUCUUUAAAAACAAUAACGGGAGACUUCCGACUUAGGUCUUCCCCUUUGCCCGAAGCCCUGGUGCUUUUUAUUCCUUAUGUAUUCCUUUCUGUCUAAUAAAAAUCCUAUCUUACCACUGAUCUGUGGUCCAUGGGUUCAUUCUUCAAAUCCCAGAGACCAAGGACCUACCCUGUUUCCCCGAAAAUAAGACAUCCUCCGAAAAUAAGACCUACUUACAGGACAGAUAAGACGUCCCCUGAAAAUAAGACCUAGUGCAUCUUUGGGAGCACACCU